CAUGGCUAGAUCCGCUGCGUACAUGUUCGAUUGUUUACGACCUCGACGAAGAAUAACUCUAAUCCUUGCCACGAUUUUUACUAUCACUGGAUUAGUGUAUGUAUACUCAGGAUGGCGAGUGAGUGACAUCGAGACUGGUUUCUGGAGGCCAAGUCAUUAUCUGCCCUAUAAAGAAACUGCUCAAAUAUUCAUGGAGAAGAUAACCACACCAUCCGCCCAAUGUCCACGUAAUUUGAAUAUUCAAGGUCAACGUAAGACGUCUUGGGAUAUAUGUUUAGAUAGUCUCGGACAACUAUAUGUCGAAGGCGAAAAGAAAGAAGCGUGUACAAUAGAUUUUCUUAGCCAGUCAAUAGAAGAUAGCACUACGAAAGCUGAAUUUGAAAAUGUUCUACAUGGAUGUAAAGUCUAUAAACAUGGAAUCGAUUACGUAGAUUUGGGGAAUAUUGUUGAAGAAAGAAUUCAAUUAAUGAAAUUGAACAUGGACUCGAAAUCAGAUGAACUACUCAAUGAACUGUCGGCGACAAAACUGUUUACACGCGUCAAUCAAUUACUGCUACAUAUUAACCUGACAAACGACAAUAUGGAUGACAUCAAAGUCAAAGUAUCUCGGACAUUUACAGUGGCAUUCAAGUUACAACCCCGAGCCGGUCUGAAAGUCGGUGACGAAACAAGACAACUUUUAAAACGCAUCACGCAUAUUGAAGGCGAGUGUGAUGAACUAAAACGAGUUGGCAAUGCAAAUGAUGGAGGCUGGACUCUGUGUUUUGACAAGAAAUAUGGUUUAUGGGAUACACCAUGUACAGUGUACUCGUUCGGAAUUGCGAACGACUGGACAUUUGAUAAGUCACUUGUUGAUUACGGAUGUGAACUUUUUGCCUUCGAUCCAAGUAUUGGUAUUGAAAAGCGAAUAAUACGAGAAGGAAUGUGGUUUUACAAUAUUGGUUUGUCAGACAGGAAUUCGGAUGAAUACUGGGGUAUUGGCAUGGGAAAAUACAGAGGCCAGAAAUGGAAAGUUAAAACUUUGGACGGUGUACGGCUUUAUCUCGGCCAUACGCAGAGAAACAUCGAUGUUUUAAAGAUUGACAUCGAACAGACGGAGUGGGAUGCUUUACAAAAUAUGCUCGAAAUGGGAACUCUACAAUUCGUUAAACAGCUCGUAUUUGAAAUACAUCUCUGGCACAGGAAGAAAUCUGGUCAUCGAGAUGAAUUAAGACUUUGGAACAGUAUCUUGGCGAACUUGCAUGAUCAAGGAUUUCGUCUCGUUUACGUUCACAAAAAUCCGCUCAGUACGGCAGUUAACCUAGGUCAAGGUUAUGAGGAGGAAGCAUGUUGCUAUGAGCUCACAAUGAUAAACACACGAUACAACGAUUGGUGGGCGUAA